UCGACAUUGGAGCCGGUUCACACCAAUGUCGCGCGCAGUAUCCCCGAGGACAAGUGGACCUCUUUCGGCGAUAAGUUGGAAGAGCCCGCGACCUUUGAUGCUUGCGAAACUCCCGGUAAACAAUGCCCAUCUUCAUCUGUCAGACCAAGCUCAUUCAUCAGCUGGCCCAUGGUCCUCUCCUUGUCCGUCUACUGCCUGGGCGUCAGCCUUGUCUUCGCAGCACGAGAGAAGUACAGACGAGCAGCCAGGUCCAGAUCCGACCCUGACCCCGACGACGAGGACAAUAACGACAACAACAGCAACAAGCCCAAAUACGGAGAGGGGCUGGAGGCUGGAGGUCGCAGGAACUAGCGCCGUGCUGUCAUCCAACAACAGCAGAAACGGAGACACGAUCUCUCGCGCCUCUCCAGACAUGCAAUUCUCUCGUGAUGCAGUUCAGGCUCAUUUCCAGCAUGGAAUUCGCUCUUGGAAUCCGUCCCCUUCUUAUGCUGCUGUGAUUCCAACGGCUCCAUCCGCAACCACAACCUCCCCGGUGCUACCGUCAGGCACCUCGCGCACCACCCCGCCGCCCUGGCUGGAUUGUCUCAAGCACAGAGUAAAGAUCGCCAUCGCGAAGUGGAAGAAGGGCGAAAUGUAUCCCCUCAACUGCCGGGUCGAAGGGUACGUGCUGGCGCUGUUGGCCCUUCUUGCGCUUGCCGCCUUGGUGCUGUGAUAGAAUGGCCUGGGGCCUUUAGGCAGUUGGUCAAGGUUUAUAGCACAAGAGUUGUCGUUCUAGCAAAUUAUAAACGUUACAUGA